ACGAUGGCUGUCAUUGAGUUUGUAAAAAUAAAAAGAAUCUUUUUUGUGUGAAUAAAAUGAAGAUAUUUUCGUGAAUCAUGUACAUGUUUUACAAUUUUCCAAUAGAUAUAAGUUAAAUAAUCAUUUAGUAAUAGUAAAAACACUACAACAAUGUUAAGUGAAAUAGCAAACUAAAGUUCCGACGAUGGCGUCUGAUGGGGAAAUUUCGUGUACGAAUGAUCCUAAUUUCGCUGUUAUUUACUCAUUCCUGAAAGUUUUCGGAAAACUGUACGGUUUGGAAGUGCCCACAUUAGCUAAACUACAAGAAUAUAUCGAGGAUACGCAAGAAGUUUUGGAGCCAUUGAAGGAAUUGCACUUGAGAUUAUUGCGUCGUGCGCUAAAAUCCGUGCAGAGUAACCGAUGGGAGAGGUGCCUCAUAAAGUUCUGUCACCAGCAAGGAUCUCACCAAGAGGCUUGGGAAAUAGAACGGUUCUCGUACAAGAAAGCUAGCACGCCAGUGAAACUGAAAGUCCUAAAGCUAUUAUUAGAGUAUCAAUUCACAUGUCAUCCAAAAUUCAAAUCUGCGGUAAACGCCAUUGCAUGCAAGGACCUGCGGCUAGAUCCGAUUGGACGGGACAAGAACGGUUGUGUUUAUUGGUAUCAAGUGGAUCAUGAUGCCAAUUUGUGUUUGUAUAAGGAAGAUCAGGACGAGGAGACUUGGCAGCUAGUGGCCAGAACAAGAGAAGAACUUGUGAAAGUUAUAACACAAUUGAAAAACGGAGAAGAAAUAAGUCCUCUCGUCUCAAAUACUGCCCAAGAUGAGUCUACUGGUGCAGAUACUUCACAACUUGAAGAACCACAGGAACAGCCACAAAAAUCAGAAGAAGUUACUGAACAGGAAAAAAAGACAGAUGCAGAGGAUGAUAAUGAUGAAGAGUUUCUAAGUCCUGAAUCUGAAUCUGAACAUGAAGAACAAACAGAUGAAAAGAAAGAGAAUGUGACUGAUAAGGAGGAAGUGAGUACAGAAAAAGUUGAAGUGAAUCCUGAAAAAGUUGAAACACCACCAGAAGACACUGUUGAGGAAAAAGAAAUGGAAAGUAAAGAAGAAGAGAGCACAGAAACAACUACUGAUACUGCAGAACCAGAGAAGAGCCCCACAAAACCUGUAAAUACUGAGGAAGCUGAGCCAGAAGUAAAAGAGAAAUUAGAAUCUGAACCUGAUGAGAAUAAAACAGAAAAAGAAGAAGUUAGUGAAGCAAUAGAAGAACCAGUUAUGGUCGUAACUGGUGAAGGAAACGGUGCAGACUGUGAAAGUUCCUACAUAAUUGGAGAAGAAAUAGAAGAAGAAAUUAUGUUUUUUUAUGGGGAAGGCAGCGGUUAUGACAAUGACACUGGCAACCCUGAAGCAAUCGAACAAGCGAAUAGUCCUAAAGAGCACUCCGAUGCCGAGAAUGGCAAUGAGGAGUGUUUGAAUGGUGAACAUACAAAUGACCUCACAAAUUCAAGUAGUAAAAACAAAUUAGGUAAAAAUGUUAAGUUAAAAAGUAGUGUACCCACAGUAACUAAAAGGGCGUUAAAAAAGCAGUCGAACGAUAGCACAGAAGUGUUAAAGUCAGACCCCAAGAAACAUUGUAUUAGGAAUUUAAAGAAAUCUGAUGGCUCUAAUUCAAAUUCAACCGAAAAUGAGAAGGGAAGCAGUAAUGACAAAAGUAUUGUGGAUGGGGACAGUCCUUUGAAAAAUAGGAUAAAAAAGGGUAGAGGUAAAGUUAAAAAGAAAGCUGAAGUAGCAAGGUUGGACUCCACAAGUGAUAGCAAGGAGGUGAUCAACGCUGUAUUAGAAACUGACAAUUGUCAUGAUAGUAAAUCAAGUAUUAUUGAGAAGCGGAAGAGCAGUGUUUCAUCGGUGGAGCAGGAAGACGCCGAAAAUGGUAAUACCGAAAAAGAAGGCAGCCCUGAGAAACAGCUGAAGGCAGAAGAGCCUUUACCGCCUAAGAAGUUAAGACUAGACGUCACGCCAGAGAGUGACAGCAAUGAGUCGCAUUCCAAGGAAGCCGUGGAAAAUGUAAAUAGCAGUGAAACCAAGAACAAAUCUGCCGACGAAAAAGACAAUACUAACGUUGAAGUAGACCCUAUAUCACAGAGGAAGAAGAUCAAAGCAAGCAAAGGGAAAUUCAAAAGAAAAAAAGUUGUAAAAAAUAGUUCUGACAAUGAUACUAGUGUUUUAGAUAAAAGUACUGAUAAAGAUGCUUCUAGUGUUAGGGAUAAAAAGAGUAAAUCGUUGAAACGAUCGCUACUGGAUGCGACGAUGAGUGAUAAAAAUAAAUCCGAAUCUCAUAGCGACAGUGAUGGUGAUGAACCUAUAUCUAGUGGGAAAAGAUUAAAAAUUAGACCCAAGAAAAUUAUUACGUCGAAUAGGAAAAAAAUUGAAGCUAAACUACUAGAAAAACAAUCUACUGAUGAAUCUGAGGAGGAAACAUUAUACAGCUUAGCGGGCAAGAAAUCAGCCAAGAAGCUGCUAAAGAAGAAACCCAAAGGCAAGGAAAAGGCUCGUCACGGCUCGCAGUCGGAAUCUGACGUGGCGCCCGUGAGACAGUCGCGCCGCAUCGCGCAGCUCAAGAUCAAGGAGGAGGCCGAGCGCAGGCACAUCGAGGAACUCGCGCUCCGGGAGCUCAAGAUGAUACACAAGAAGAAGACGACCAAAGACGAAGAGGAGUGGCAUGCCAGCGGCAGCAGCUCGUCUGGCUCGCCGCGGCCCAAGCCCAUGCCCAAAGCCGGCUGGCGCGCUUCAGACUCCACCGACGCCGACUCCGACUCCACCGGCCCGCUGUUCGAGAUACAGCACGAGGAGCCCGACCUUGACUUCAACAAGUCUGACCAUGAAUUUUCACCUGAAUCUGAUCUGGAGAGCGGCGAACCCAUCGAGCCUUUGAAAAGAGCCCGCACGCUACAAGAAGAAAAAGACGACGGCUUUUGCAAGCGCUGUGGCAGCGCAGAGCAACCGGAGUGGAUUCUUCUGUGCGACAAGUGUGACGCAGGCUACCACGCCAGUUGCCUCAAACCGAUGCUGUUUCUGGUCCCCACGGGCGACUGGUUCUGUCCACCCUGCAACCACGACAUGCUGAUAUCAUCCUUGGAGAACGAACUGAGCAAGUACGAUGAACUAGUGACACAAGUAGAGGCUGAGAGAGCGCGCCGCAAGGAAGAGGAAGCAUCAUCGCCCGCUGAUGACGAGCGGAAACCUUCCAAGGGAAAGGAGGACGACAAGUCGCACUCUGAGUCGAGCGGCAGCAGUUCUUGGUCAUCAUCGGACGAGGGCGGCGUGUACCGGCUGCGCGCGCGGCGCCAGCUGCCCGUCAGCUACCGCGCGCAGGAGUACGACCGCCUCAUCAGCUCCGCCAUCAAGGAAUACGUAGAGCCUACUACGAGCGCCGGCAACCAGGGCCGCGGGAAAGACAUCUCCACCAUCAUCGAGGCCGCCGAGGAGGAGAAGCUCAAGCAGGAGCGGGAAGCGCGCGAGCAGGGCAAGCCGGUCGAGAUACUGAAGCUCCGCAAGAAGAGCCGCCGCAAGCCGCGCAAGCUCAACUCGCUUGAAGUUCCCUCUGAAGACGACGAUGAGACUGACGAGGACUUCAAGGACACCGGUAUGGAGUCGUCGUCCGAAGACAUAUCGUCGUCAGCAGAGCGCGGCAGCUCCAGCGAUUCGCGCUCGUCUGACUCGCUGCCCAUCGCGCGCCGUACCGGGCGCACCGACCACAAAGAUCGGCCAAAAAUGAGAGAGUCAUCCCCCGAAGUUAAGAAGAAGAAGAAAGGCGUCCUCAACGAUACCUCCAGCGAAUCCGGCGGAACCAAAGAGUGGAGCAAUAAAAAACCCAAAAAAUCUCGACCGCCGAAAUCACGCCACGAAAAAUCCAAAAAGUCCCGCAAACGCAGCGGACUCACGCAGUACGAUGCGGACGGAAACGUCAUCAGGGCGAGAGUUACUUACGGCGGGCUCAGCGACGAAGGCGCCAACGACUGGUCGCCCAAGCACCGCACGCGACAGAAGAAGAUCAACUAUACUGAGAUGCCCAACACAGAAUCCGAAGAUGAAAUGCACAAGUCGAGCGGCAAACACAUGCCGGACAGCUCGGACGAGUUCAAGCUGGACGACUCGGAGCUGUCGUCCGACUCGGACGCCGAGCGGGCCAAGCGACGCCGCGCGCUCGAGCUGGAAGGCGGGUCCGAAGAGGCAGUGUCGAACGCCACGCCGCUAGCUCUUGCCGACAUCAUCCGCAAGACGGCGGUAGUCCCGCUCGAGAAGCUGCCCGAUGACGUCACGCGCGCCAAGGAGGAGGAGCUGCAGGCGCAUCUCAGCGCAGCGGCAGCGGCGAGCAGCAGCGGGCGGGGCCGCGGUCGAGGGGGCCGCGGGGGCCGGGGCUCCCGCGGCGCGCGGGGGGCGCGGAAGUCGGCGGGGCCCGCCCCCGACCCAGACGACGCGCUGGCCAAGCUCGUCGGCGUUAAAAUUAAAGACCUGAAAGCUGACGGUACAUUACGACCUAAUCAAAUCGAACGUGAGAAGAAGCGUCAGGAGAGAGAAGCGAAGCAAGCGGAGAAAGAAGCGCGGCGGCUGGAGCGUCUGCAGAAGAAAGAAGAGAAGGAGAAGCUCAAGGAGCAGAAGGCCAAGGAGCGCGAGGAGAAGCGGCAGGCGCGGUUGGCGUUACAGGAGAGCAAGCGCAUCAAGAAAGAGAAGUCCGAGUUCGGCAUGGGCGGCGGGUUCAACAUCCCGGUUCGCGGGCCCUACCCUGCGCCGCUCCCGCACCAGCCGCCGCUCCCGCACCAACCGCACCAUCGCUUCCCCGACGCGCCGCGGCUGCAGGUUCGCGCGGAGUUGCGAGGCGUGUUGACCGGCGAGGACAGACGCGACGGGCCACCACAAGGAUUACGAGAAGGGACGUUGUCAGUGGCGGGGUCGCCGCAGCCGUUUAAGCCGGUGGCGGAGGAGCCCAGCAUCAUCACGCGUAUGCCGCACAUGAUCAACCAGCAGUACAGAGGCCACAUGCUAUACCCCCCGGGCGGCAACUCGCCAUAUGGCCCGCGGGGUCCACAGAACCACCCUAUGUACCCGCUCCACCAUUUAGGCCUCAACCACCCGAGCCCAGGCCCGCCUCGAAGCCAAUACCCUCAGGGCUACUACCCGCCACAUAUGCGGGCCGCGCCGCCCGGCUACAGGCUACCAGACUACCGCCACCAGCUACACCCGGCCUACCGUCCGCGCACGCCGCCUGGCCCGUCUGGCCAACCCGGACCCGGCCCGUCUGGCCCGUCAGGCCCUCUGGGAUUAACGGCUCCGCCCGGUUCUUCGGGCCCGCUUGGUCUGACAGCUGCUCCUGGACCUUCGGGCCCGCCAGGCCCGUCUGGUCUGCCAGAGGGUGAGCCGCCGAUAAAGAUCAAGGCCGAAGUGAAGACGGAACCGGAGUACCGUUCGCCGGCCACGUCGCCGUCCCCGCGGCCGCCGUCGCCGCGUGACGAAGCACCGAGACACCCCAAGAUCAAACACACGGAGAACAAGGACCGGCGGCCGCGCUACCCGCUGGGCCCGUAUGCGCCGCACUACGGCCCCUACGGGCCCUACGCGCCCGACGCGCCGCGCCACCCCGGCCCGCACUAUAUGCCUGAAAGACCGCCGCCGUAUCUGCCGCCGCAUAUGCGCGCGCCGCUGCCUGGUCACGGACCGUCGCAAUCAAUGCAGAGGCCGGGUCAAGCGCGGGGCAGCCCUCCCUUCUCCCACCCCUCAUAUCCCCCCACUUCUGCGGGCUCGGGCAUGCCCCCCGGACAUCCUGGAUCCGGUCUGCCACCCAGACAUCCCGGAUCAAGCUUACCUCCCGGACAUCCCGGUUCAAACUUGCCACAAGGACACCCCGGCUCAAAUUUGCCACCCGGACACCCUGGUUCUGGCUUACCGCCCGGACAUCCCGGCUCCAGCCUGCCAUCUGGACAUCCUGGAUCGAGUCUGCCACCCGGACAUCCCGGCUCCAGACUACCACCCGGACAUCCUGGCUCUAGUCUGCCACCCGGACACCCCGGAUCAAAUCUGCCACCUGGACAUCCCGGAUCUAGUCUGCAGCCCGGUCAUCUUGGCUCCAGCCUCCCGCCCGGGCAUCCCGGUUCCAGCUUGCCACCCGGUCACCCUGGCUCAAGUUUGCCACCUGGACAUCCCGGCUCAAGUUUGCCACCUGGACAUCCCGGCUCAAGUCUGCCACCUGGACACCCCGGCCAUCCUGGGUCUGGACACCCACCUGGGCCUAGUCACCUUGGUCCUAGGCAAUCGCCGGGCCCGGGCCAUCCUCCGGGGCCAAGCCACCCUGGACAUCCGUUAGGCCCGAGACAAUCGCCAGGCCCAGGCAUACCCCCGGGAGCGGGACACCCCGGGAGGCCACUCGGGCCGACGCAAUCGCCAGGCCCCGGUCAUCCUGGUCAUCCACUUGGCCCGAGGCAAUCGCCGGGACCGGGUCAUCCGGGACAUCACCUUGGCCCAGCGCAGUCACCGGGCCCGAGCCAUCCGGGACAACCAGUUGCUCCCACGCAAUCACCGGGCCCGGGCCAUCCGGGACAUCUAUUGGGCCCGACGAAUUCCCCGGGACCAGGUCAUCCGGGGCAUCCACUCGGCCCGAGGCAAUCACCGGGCCCGGGCCUUCCCCCGGGACCGGGUCAAAUGGGACAUCCCCUAGGUCCGACGCAGUCGCCGGGCCCGGGUCAUCCUGGACAUCCACUCGGCCCAAUACGAUCGCCCGGCCCGGGUCUGCCCCUGGGAGCCGGUCACCCGGGACAUCCUCUUGGCCCCUCGCGAUCGCCGGGCCCGGGCUUACCUCCAGGAGCGGGUCAUCCGGGCCACCCGCUUCGCCCGCCGCAAUCGCCUGGUCCCGGUUUACCCCCAGGGCCGGGUCACCCCGGACUGCCCUUGGGGCCGCGACAGUCGCCCGGCCCGCACGCGUCGCCGGGGCUGCCCCCGAAGCCGAGCGUGGCGGGCCCUGCGCCGGGCCCGGGGCCCGCGGCGAGCCCGCCCAGCCGGCCCGAAAGCGGGUCUCCACCGGAGCCACGUGCCACACCGUCACCGCUUGAGCAAGGCAACGCAGCGGGCCUGCCCCCGCCGGGCCGGCCGCCGGUGUUCGCUCCGGCGGUGGCCCCCGCGGCCGGCGGCCCCCCGCGCGCUAUCAAGACGGAGCUGGACCCCGAGGGGCCCCCGCGCGCCGGGCCCCCCGCCGGGCCCCCGCGCGACGAGGGCAGCGUGUUCGGGGGCCUCGUCAGCUACUUCUCCAGCCAGCGAGAGGACGACGACCUCGACGCGUAACCGGGAGAAGUGAGUGUAACUGGCGACUGACCGCGUUUGAACGAUACGCUGUUUCUAUUUUCACAAAAACGGUUCACGUGUACCGGACUUUUCGACGUGUUAUGAUAUCGGUCCCCCAAAAUGACAUUUGGUCGGUGACCUUUAACCAAGAGCAAGAGAGCUCGUGAAAGCUUACCUCACAGAUAUUUGACAGUUCAAGUGAUCAGUGCCUCAGUUUUUAAACGAAACCUUUGCCACGUUGUCUUCCAACUCACUGGAGGAAAUCGUUUGCCCGAUUUCCGCAGCCGUGACACACGGAGUAUUGAAUUCAUUCGGUCAGCCGCCAGCCGUAACCUACUCCAAUCUAGUUGAAUAGAAAGGCAAACGACAAUUAUUUUUAUAGAAAUUGAUCUAUGUAUAUUAUAAAUGCUGUAAUGAAAUGUGCACAUAAUGAUAUUAUUUUAUGAAAUCGCAUAAUCACAUUUUAUAGAAAUUUUAAUUUAUAGUGACUGAAACCUGUUUGCCUUUUUGUAAAAUUGGAACGGAAAGUUUCGAGUCGUAGAGUAGUCCUCGCGACGAGGAUUAGGGGUGCAAUGUAUUAUUAGAUCGAUGCACGACAUCGAGAGCUAAAUAGGUCCUUGAGGUCGAACAACAUUUGAAAAUCCGUUGCCGGCGAAUACGAGCGUCAAUGUUGCUGCAGCCUAUUCAUAAUUAUAAGGGCACCUCCGGGCGAUGACGUUUCCGAGUCUGCCGUAGAUUGCCGUUUUUGACGUAAUCGUAUCGUAUCGUAAUCGCCGGGAAUGUUGCUCGUCCCCAAGGAGCUCCUCGUAUAAAGCUUCCGCUCUCUAGGCGUCGCGGCAGUGUCGCGUCGCUCGGGCGACUGUAAAUAACUCGCGAUAGAUGAAUUUUAUUUAUACGACAACGGCGCGCUAUCGCCGCCUGUAGGUGUACGCAAUGUAUUAUAGUAUGUGUAAAAGUUAGGGAUCCGACUAAUAAGAGUAAUAUUAUUAUGAGUCUUUUUGGUCUCGAAUAAACGAUGUAUUAUUAUUUUGGUUCUGUUAAGUGAGAUUUAUUUAUAUACAGAUGAUAAGUACUUACUGUAUACUCUAGAUACGAAUUUUAUUAAAGAGCGACGAUAUGAUUUCUUUUUGCAGAAUAAAUGUUUUCUUCUACA